CGCAGCAAGGACCAAGAUGGAGAUCCCCGGCAAAGAGACAGAGAACAGGACAAGCGUGCACCCGCCAACGAGAAGGAAACCGACCGGGAGGUAUUGCGGAGGACAAAAAAAAAAAAAGAGGCAUACACAGGUAGUCCCAGAUAGACUAUCACAACUCUUUAUCCCGCAGGCCUAUAUAUCCCACAGGCAGUUCCAGACGCCUCCCAUGGAUCAUAUUAUGUUCCCAAAUUGGACUAUGUUGGUACUAAAGACCCAAAUUCAGCCCGAUCUAUGCACUCACUCACGA